CCCGCCCACCGAGGUAUGAAACGGCGCGAGCGCGGCGCGAGCGCCUGCACAUCUCUCCCGAGCGGCGCGCGUGAGGCAGCAGAGAGAUGAGCAGAGCCUCGCGGAGCGAACAUGGAUCCUCAUGAGGCGCUCGUGCUGUGGAUUUUAACCGUCAGCGCGCUGAAGAGGGACUGUCGCGGAGAGGAAGUGGUGCUGCUGAACUCUAAAGAGACGCAGGCGGAACUGGGAUGGACGUCGUACCCCCCCAACGGCUGGGAGGAGAUAAGCGGCGUGGAUGAGAAGUACAAGCCCAUCAGAACCUACCAGGUGUGUAACGUGAUGGAGCCCACGCAGCAGAACAACUGGCUGCAGACUGGCUGGGUGGCUCGCCGCGGCGGCCAGCGCAUCUUCGUGGAGCUCCAGUUCACGCUGCGGGACUGCAACAGCAUCCCUGGAGUGGCGGGCACCUGCAAGGAGACCUUCAACCUCCUGUACGUGGAGUCGGACCGGGACCUCGGCAGUGUGACCCGAGAGGAUCGCUACACCAAGAUCGACACCAUCGCGGCGGACGAGAGCUUCACGCAGGGCGACCUGGGUGAGAGGAAGAUGAAGCUGAACACGGAAGUGCGCGAGAUCGGCCACCUGAACCGAAAGGGCUUCCACCUGGCCUUCCAGGACGUGGGCGCCUGCGUGGCUUUGGUGGCUGUGAGGGUUUACUACAAGCGCUGCCUCGCCACCGUCCAGAACCUGGCCGUGUUCCCCGACACGGUAGCUGAAGCCGCCUUUGCAACCUUGGUGGAGGUGCGUGGCUCUUGUGUGAACAACUCGGAGGUGGACACAGACAGCCCUCCCAGGAUGCACUGCAGCGCAGAGGGGGAGUGGCUGGUGCCCAUCGGGAAGUGCAGCUGUAGCGCCGGAUAUGAGGAGGGCCACAGCAGCUGUGAAGCCUGUCCUCCCGGCUCCUACAAGAUGUCGUCGCGGCAGCAGGAGUGCUUCUCGUGCCCGGCCAACAGCGUGGCCGACGAGGAGGGCUCGGUGGUGUGCGUCUGCGAGGAGGAUCACUUCAGGACGCCCCUGGACAGCCCCUCUGCGCCGUGCACACGCCCCCCCUCCCCACCCAGAGACCUGGUCUACACCCUCAAGCAAUCCACUCUGAUUUUGGAGUGGUCGGCGCCGUCCGACAGCGGGGGCAGAGUGGACCUGACCUACAGCGUGAGCUGUCGCCGGAGCGUGGGGCGGCAGUGGGAGCCGUGCGGCGCCAGCGUUGGCUUCGUGCCCCAGCAGGUGGGACUGACGGAGAGGACGGUGACGGUGGUCAACCUGCUCCCCAACACCAACUACUCCUUCGCCGUGGAAGCUCUGAACGGCGUGUCCGAGCUGCUGCCCAAGAAGAGGUUCUACACCCAGGUCAACGUGUCCACGAGUCUGCCCGCUCCGUCUCUGAUCAGCGAGCUGCGAGCGGACAAGAUCGAAGAGAAGAGCAUCACCUUGGUGUGGAGGGAGCCGUCGUCCCCGAACAGCAGCCGCACCGAGUACGAAGUCAAGUACUACGAGAAGGAGCAGAAAGAUCAGAGCUACUCCACCAUGAAGACCGCCACCACCCGCAUCAGCGUCAACAACCUGAAACCCGGAACCACAUACGUCUUCCUCAUUCGGCCCUUCUGGACUCAGGCCCCCUCCUCGCCUCUGUCUUCCUCCGCACUGUCCGCCUCUUCUUCCUCCAUCUCCUCCUCUUCCUCAUCACCCUCGUCUUCAGCCUCUUCAACCCCGCCAGCCGUUGACUUUGGAGCCUACAGCGCCCCGCUGGAGCUGCAGACACUUGGAGAGUUGGCGCUGGCGUCCAGCGAGCAGAGCCCGGUGGUGAUCAUCGUCAUCGUGUCCGUGGCCGCCCUCAUCAUGCUGCUCUCCAUGGGAGUCGGGCUUCUCGUCUGGAGAAGACAAUGCGGCUACAGCAAGGCAUCUCAGGAGGGAGACGAGGAACUUUAUUUCCAAUUUAAGAUUCCGACUCGGAGGACGUACAUCGACCCAGAGACGUGCGAGGACCUGCAGCAGGCGGUGCACGCCUUCGCCAAGGAGCUGGAUAACCAGAGCAUCAAGAUAGAGAGGAUUGUACACACAGGCGACUUUGGGGAGGUGUGUCGCGGCUGCCUGAAGUUGCCAAGUAAAAGGGAGCUGCCGGUCACCAUAAAGACUCUUCGGGCCGGCUGCUCGGAUAAACAGCGCCGCUCCUUCCUGUGUGAAGCCGCCAUCCUGGGACAAUUCGACCACGGAAACAUCAUCCGGCUAGAGGGCGUCAUCACCACAGGCAACACCAUGAUGAUCAUCAUGGAGAGCAUGUCCAACGGCGCCCUGGAUUCCUUCCUCAGGAAACACGAGGGCCAGCUGAGUGUCAUGCAGCUGAUGGACAUGCUGACGGGGGUGGCGUCCGGGAUGAAGUACCUCACUGAGAUGGGCUUUGUGCACAAACGGCUCGCUGCACACAAGGUUCUGGUGAACUCCAACCUGAGCUGCAAAGUGUCGGGCUUCAGGCCUCUUCAAGAGGACAAGAUAGAGGCCAUCUACUCCACACUGCACGGAGGGAAGAGUGUGGUGCUGUGGACCGCUCCAGAGGCCAUUCAGUACCAUCGCUUCUCCUCAGCCUCGGACGUCUGGAGCUUCGGCAUCGUCAUGUGGGAGGUUAUGUCCUACGGAGAGAGGCCGUACUGGGACAUGGGCAACCAGGACGUGAUCAAGGCCAUAGAGGACGGCUUCCGGCUGCCCGCUCCGCUCAACUGUCCUCCGCAUCUCCAUCAGCUCAUGCUGGACUGCUGGCAGAAGGAGAGGGCGGAGCGACCCAGCUUCAGCCAGAUCCACUCCGCCCUCAGCAAGAGCAUCCGCUCGCCGGACGGCGUGGGCUCCUCCACGCUGGCUCGCAGGACUCUGGGCUCCUCCAUCACGCUGGCCGAGCGGCCCCUCCCCACCUUCCCGGCCUUCAGCUCGGUGGGGGAGUGGCUGGACGCCGUGGACAUGGGCCGGUACAAGGACAACUUCACGGCGGCGGGGUACUGCUACCUGGAGUCUGUGGCUCGAAUGACCGUGCAAGAUGUGUUGAGCCUCGGCAUCACCUCUCUGGACCAUCAGAAGCUCAUCCUGGCCGCCAUCCAGACGCUGCGAGCUCAGGUCAUCCAGAUGCACGGGCGCGGCGUGCAGGUCUGACUGGGGGGGAGGGGAGGGCCCCCACAUGGCUUCACGCUGCUGCUGCACACCUGUGCAGGUGGAUGAGGAGAAGAGAAGCGAGCUCUUCCAGCUGACGGCACCACUCCUUCCUUCUCGUCUUCAUUCCCUCAUUCUUCCUUUUUUCAGCGACGCGCUGAGAGCCGAGGAGCGCUGAUCACGUGACCUUUUGCGAUUUACGUGCACUUUGACCUCCAGAGACGGCGUCUUAUGUCCGAUUCUGGAUCGGCGACCACGUGACGGACAGGAAACGCUCCGAGCCGCUCAUGACGACGGAUUUCGCAGCAGCUUCAGGGCGACCCGGUGGACAAGUGUUCCGUUUUCAGGAGCCGGUUCUGCUCCGCCUCAGAUUCUCUCUGGGUUUUUUCUUUGAAUUCUCCCUCCUCUUGUGGGCCCCGUCUUCAGCUUUGUAUAGAAGUGAGGCCCCGCCCCUUUGGAAAACAACCUGCUUUGUAAAUAUGAAUUCUUAUUUAUUUCUGUUGACAGGCUGCUUAGUUUCUGUUCGGUUCGGUGUUUCUUAUUUAUGAGUUUACGGUGCGGUUCGCGUGUUUGUGGGCGGAGCAUCAGCACGUCAGAUCCCUCUGUCAUGAACUGCUGUCGUCAUGGUGACUCAUGUUUAAUAUUGUACAUAUGAAAAUCUAUUUUUCUAAUUAGUUGGGAGAACAGUGGUUCCAUCUGCCGGCCGUGUAAAGCUUUCAUCGGUUUCAGUUCAGGCCCAGUUUGGGAUCGGAAGCUGAAUUAUGAGCUUCUCUCUUUGUUUUGUUAGUUUUGAUGAUUUUUACCUGUUAGAAAGAAAAAGGAUUCCAGUUGCAAUACUGAAACGUGUUAGUAAAAAAUCUUCAAUCCGAGGAAA